AUGGAUAUUCGCAAAAAAGUGAUUAAUAAAAAAAAAAAAAAAAAAAAAAAAGAAGACCUAUAUGAAUUGUACUUAAAUAUGUAUGAGGAUAUAUAUCGAAAUAGAGAAGAAAUAACAGAAAAAGAUGAAGAUAUAGGAAUAAAAAAAAGUUCAAAUGAUGAUAAUAGAAUAGAUUUAGAAAAGGAAGUAAAACUUCGACUUGAAGAACAAAGUAAUUUAUUAUCAAUUAAAGGUAUUGAUAGGGUUGAUAUAAAACAGAAAAAAGGGAAACAUUCAAUUAUUUGUAUUCAUUAUAUAAAAAAUAUGUGUAUGAAAAAUUUAUUUUGUAAUUAUUUACAUCAAUUAAUCUAUGAUAGAAUACCACCUUGUAAAAAUUAUAUAAAAUAUAAUUAUUGUUCAGAUAAAAUUAGAGGAUCAUGUAUGUUUAGACAUACAUUAGAAAAUACCAAUACAAAUUAUUAUAGUGAAAAUAAAGAAGAAAGUUUAGAUGAAGCAUUAAAAUUUUUACAUGAAAAAAAUAUAUGUGUAAAUUAUCUCUUAGGAUUUUGUAAUUUAGGAUAUAAUUGUAGAAAAAUCCAUAAAAAUAGAAGUAUAAAAUAUCUUAACAUUAUAAAUAUAUUACCUAAAUUUUAUUUAGAUCAAAUAUUAAUUAAUAAAAAUUUAUAUACAAAUUUAUAUAAAAAUCAACAAGUUUUAAAUGAUAUGAAUAAAUUAAAAGAUGCCUUAAUAGUUCUUAGUGGAGAAAAAUAUCAAGAAAAAAAUACAUCACUGACAAAAAAUGAAAGAGAAAAUUCUUUAUCUGACAUGCUUAUAAAUAAUGACAAUAAUUACAAAGACAUGGCUAGUUCGAGAAUGAUAAAUAGUGGCACUAAUAUACAUGACGAUAAAAAUUUAAAUCGAAAUUGUGAUAACAUAAAUAUUGGAGAUGGACAUUUUGAUAUGCUUCAGAAUAAUAAUGAAAAUAUGCUACAAAAUAAUGACCCUAAUAAUUUAAAGAGUGUUGGAAAUAUACCUGAAGUUUACAAUUUAGAUAACAGCCCAGUGACUAGCGAUAAAAUAAAAGUUUUUGUUAUUAAAUGUAAUCAAAUUUCUCAUUUAUAUUUAUCUAUAUUAUAUGGUGUGUGGGCAACCGGUAAAAAUAAUACAAGAAAAUAUAUGAAUUUUUUUAAAGAAAAUUAUACAAUUAUAUUUUUAUUUUCUGUAAAUGAAAGUGGUGGAUUUCAAGGAUAUGCUAAAAUGGUGACAAUGCCAGUAAAAAAUUUAUAUGAAAAUUUAUGGGGCCCAAUUACUAAAAGAUUAGGAGGAAAUUUUCGAGUUCAAUGGAUAAAAAUUGCAAAAAUAGAUUUUGAUGUUUUUAAAAAUAUUACUAACCCUUAUAAUGAUAAUUUACCAUUAAAAAAAAGUAGAGAUGGUACUGAACUUCCAUUAAAUAUAGCUUCAAUUAUUUGUAAUAAAAUUCAUGCAUUACCAAAUGAGGAUUUUUUAGCUGGUACUAUUUAUGAAUAUAAAAGGAGAAUUAAUCAUUCUGUAUAUUUUACAAAUUUGUAUAAAAAAAAUAUGUUAAAUAAUAACACAAUGUGGGACAGUAUUAUUUUCACUUUAAAUCAAAAAUCAGAUUGUCAACAAAUUACAUUUAUUGAUGGAAAUGAGCAAAAUAUUAGCUAG